GUUACUCGGGAAUCCUGUCUUAACGCUUUAAGGUCAAUUAUUUUAUUUCCUUCUUGUUUUUUUUAAACUAUCAAUCUGUACAGUAACGCUCAUGGUCCGGUAUCAUAGCUUAAUAGCCUAUAUGUAAACGUUGAUCCGCCUCUGUGAGUGACAUUAAACUUAUAAAUAUUGUAUUGACGCAUAUAUACAGUGACCAGUUUGCGUUUUGUGAUUUAAUGUGUAUUGGUAUUCUGUUGCACAACGAACAUAUGGAUACCUUGUGAAUCAUACUGGUAACAUUGAUGCGGUUUGUGUAGGUUUUCUCCUCUUGUUUUUUUGCGUUUUAUAAGAUGACCAUUCGCAAUCUAGAUUGUGAAGGAACAAUACUGUCCAAGUGUAUGAGGCAUAUCCUCUCUUGCUAUACAUCAGUAUAGUGUAAUGAUUCUAGAAGGAAAGGAGUUGUGAAUACAAUCUGGCAGAGUAAGCACACUACACAUAAUUAGUUGUGUUGCUGACAACAACUAAAGCGGGACGAGUGGUUAAGGCAUUCGCUAGUCUCCAUAAUGUGUAUUGAUUAGACGAGCUACUUGGGGUCCGUUUAUAUGUUUCUCGUGAAAGGCCAACUUGUUCGCCCUGUUGGACAAUCGCUAAUCGAUUUGUUGAUGGACGUAUAAGAUCAAUCUGCUUACGACAACUCUUUGUUUUUCACACCUCUAUCUGUAUCAUUUUGACGUCAACUAUUUCAUGCAUUGUUUAAUAAAAUGGAAUACUAUGCGAAUGAAGAGAUCUGAUGCAAAUUUGUAACGAAAAUGUAUGUUUCAACUAUCGAAAAAAUGUGAAUAUAUUCUGUUAUCAGUGAAUGUGUAUAAAGGAAAAGUAAGACCAAUCGGAUCGUAUUAAACCUUUGUUAUUAUACCUCUAGCUUUCUAAUUUGGUGUUGCUAAACUACGAAUACCGUGCGCUGUUUUACUGAACGUGACAGACAUGUUGUCUCGACUUUGACAACCUUAGGUGUGGAGAACACAAACGGAUCUCGGUCAAGUAUGUUUUUACCUAUCAACUAAUGUGCACACAUUCUGUUAUCAGUCGUUCAACUACGUCCUUAUGAGACGGAGAAAAAACGUAUCAGAUUGAAGUUGGUUUGUCAGCUCAGAAAAAACUUAUCCGCAUAUCUAAAAACAUGUUUAUGUCACUGUGUAUAAGCACGUGGUAGCCUUCUGCCGAAUAUAUACAAUGACGCCUGUCAUCCAUAGCAUACUUACAGCUUGCUGCAUGUUUGUUUUGUGACGACUUCACUCUUGGGAUAUGAAACAUCGUACAUUUAAGCAUGGGAUUUCGCAUGGUAUUGGAGGACGGAAAUGAAACCAGACUGGGGGAAAUCGCCGAGGCUCGUUCCAUUCUUUCCAAAAUUUCGAUCGUUGCCUAGGACAAAAAAAAGCUUCCCGCGAAUUCAAGCUUCUCAGUGCCGGGAACUGGACGAGAGCAGACGCCGAACUGAUGCAUUUGACAUGCAGACGUCUGCUUACCUCCGAAAACUAGAGCUGGAGCGAGAUCGAGACAAAGAGAUUCAGACGAAAAGCCUACACAACAUCCCCAUUCAAAUUAGACGAAUGGCACGACUGGGUUCCGGCUUGUCCGUAGACAGCAACUGCCCGGAUCACCGAAAGGCGGACACUGUGCAAGGCUUCACCAGACAGACCGUGGUGCUGCCCAAAAUAAUGUCCAAGCAGAGACAGCAGGCGACGUGCAGCGACGGUCGGUGGGAGACUAAAAGCAUGAAGGACGGUUCGGAGACCGGCUCCACCACAGACCACUCGUGUCAGGAGUAUCACUCGGAGGGCGAGAUCUAUACGUCUGGUGCCGACAUCUACACGUCUGGCGCCGACAUCUACACAUCUGGCGCCGAGAUUUACACGUCUGGCGUCAACUACGCGUCACGUAACGACUCCGACCUGUGCGGCCUGGCAGACGUUCCGUACAAAUGCAGACGACUCUGUGCUGUGAAAAACAACACGAAGAAGAAGCGUCAAGUGAAGAGCUACUGUCCGAUUCCCAUCAAGCAGACGCUGGCGUUGCAGCUGGACCGGGCGCGUUGUCGCGCGCUGGAUAAGCACGUGCAUUUCGUGAACAGCAGUUGCAUCGCGGGCCAGAAGGUCUACCGGACGGACAGAAUGUCGAUUUUUGACACGCCCAGAAUGAUGCACAGAGAUGAUCGGCCCUCCUUGGCCAGCCGCCUUCAGCUCAUGGCAAUAGCAUCGGUUCAGGAGCAUAACCUUCCAGAAAUGCAGGAACAGACUGGUCCAGAAAAUUCUUCUGUGGGAUAAUUAACGUCACGGGGCAGUGUUACAUUUUACUCUAGCACUGUCUUUGGUGGUUAAGUUAACAGCCUUAAGGCUGGUAGGUGCUAGGGCCGAGUUCGCAUCUCAGUACCGGCUCCAAUCUAGGACAGUCUCUCUCUCUCUCUCUCUCUCUCUCUCUCUCUCUCUCUCUCUCUCUCUCUCUCUCUCUCUCUCUCUCUCUCUCAAUAACCACUAACUCCCUUCCUUGACAGACAUCGAAGACAAUUGAGAUGGGCAGCAUGCUUGAACACCAAUUGUAUGUAAGGCUCGGAUACAUAACGGUAACGGUAUGUUCUGUUUCGGACUCGGGUAGGCUCUACAUGACGGUAUGUACGGUUUCGCCUCGGGUACAUAACGGUAUGUAAGAUUUCGGAUUCCGAUCCAUGCAAAGCCCAGGAACAUAUUGAAGAAACUCAUAGCUAGUUAUCUGAUUUGGGACGAUCUUUGUUAAGGGAAUAUUCUGUGUGGAAAUUCCACAUGUAUGUUUUAUAUACAGGCAAUUUGUGGCUGUUGUACCACCUAAAUAUCAUUUGUACUGUGACAAGUUUUCAUACUUAAUAAGGUACAAUUAAGUUAUUGUUUAAGCAUCCAGAUAUCACAUUUAUCAGCUAUACUACCAAGUGCAAGUUCAGAUGGGAAGAGGAUAACCGGAAGCCAGAAAAAUGAGUACGGCUAGUACAAACAGAAAACUUUUAACAUAAAAUAAUACGACCAUUCACAAGCUGUAUAUCUGAGAUUCUGAUUGUACAUAGUCAAUUGUUGAUGUAUGCAAGCGAAUGUUUUUGAGUAUAUGGUGAUUACAAAGGUGUCCAUGAACAAAAUAUUUUGGUCGAUGCCAAUGAAUUAGAUGACUUUGACCUAGUUGUGACAUUAUGAUUCAGAAUUGCAUUAGAUGACAUUUCAUGAGUAUGGAAAUUGGUGGUAUUAUUUUAGACAUUCGCUUUCCUCUGAGACAAUACAGCUGAACCCUAA